AGCCAUUCUCUUGACAGCAGCAAACACUACGUAGUACUUACUGCCCAUUCAAAGAACAAAUCAAAUUACAACAAAAAGUGAGACAGACACUUCUUGUUGCGACAGUGUUACGUGCGGUCGAUGGCCAAAUUUGCCAAUUUGCAUUGGUAUUAAAAGUAGACAAAAAAAUAAAUUAAAAAAACUUGCGUUAAAAAAAUCUUUCGGUCAUAUUGAAAAAAAGAAUAGUUUUAAAUAAUAGUGUGUUAAUAAGAAACAAAAUAUAAUGAAUAUUAUACCCGGUGAACCUAUACCACCCGGUUUUGAAGAUGAGGUUAAUCGCCAGCCUCAAAUACAGGCAUCUGUGGAUCAGUAUAAGGGCAAUGCCUUGAUUGGCAUUGAAUAUACAAUAGAACUACAUGAAGAUGAUCACCAUGAACCAGUCUAUCUGUGCACUUUAUGCGAUAAACGUGGUGAUCCACGCACCAUUAUAAAUCACUGGUGUUCCUUUAACCACCGCAUGAAAUAUUUGGAAAAACAUUAUCCCUCAGCAGUGAGGGAAUGUCAGCCAGUUAAAUACAAACCCAAUUCUCAUAAUAUUAUGAUUUUGCUUGUACAAAGUUUGGCCGAAGCUAUUGAAGAUCAUUACGGCCGCUUACUGGUGUCUGUUAUGAAUGCUGACGACUUUCGUAAACGUAAAUCGACCGUAACCGAACAAAUUAUGAAAAAGAACCAUUUUGAUGAAAAGAGUGGACCAAAUUUUCUUAAUGCCAUCAUUCGGACAUUACGGGAACAUGUUCCGUACAAAAAGAAGGAUCCUAAUGUUGUUAUUAAGGCACCCAAGCGACUAAACUCUAAUGCUGGCAAUGGCAAGGCUUCGGUGGGCACUAAAGAUGGUUUAGAUGAAAUCUCAUCGGAUUCUGAUAAUCAAGAUUCGGUGAAAAAACAAAAAAUACAAACACGCGUCCAGGAACCAGCCUUCACGCAAAAGCUGCUUGUUUCAUCUGCCAGCACGGAAGAGCCAGGCAAAAAGUUGCCAACACCCAAGGAAUUGUCGUUACAGGCUUCUCAUAUUGCCCAAGAACGGUACAAAUGGGAAAAAUAUCGUUGCAUGUUGGAAAUACAACUGAAACAAAUGGAAAAGAUACAAGCUGACUAUGAAAAGACGCCAGAAAAACAUCCCCAUUAUCCGGAGGAAUGGAAAAAGUUUUGGAAUCGCCGUUACAAAGAAUUACAGGCCGAAAAGAAAGUCGAUCCCAAUAAGUAUGACUACAAACCGGAAUGGAUUGUAUUUUGGACAAAACGCAUGAAGGAGCUUUUCAAUGCCGAGGUAGAGAAAAAGAAAAAAGAGAUAAAAGUUAAACUGGGAUUACCCGAAAAUGCUGAAGAAAAGGUGGAUCAACUUAAGGAAAAAUAUAAGCUUCCUGUUAAUCGUUUGACUUCGGCGAAUAAGUCAAAUUCAAGAGGUGGUCAAGCUUUAGAUGUCAUCAAUAUAAGCGAUGACGAUUCCCCACGUCCGGGCCGCUACACAAGACAACGGCGCUCUCGCACUAGAUCGCGUUCACGCUCUCAUUCUCGUUCACCACGCGGCAUACGUCAUCGUGGUUAUAGGCGAUCUCAUUCCCGUUCACGCUCCCGUUCUCGUUCUCUUUCACCAUUUUCUGAUGAAUAUGAGCUGCCCAGCUCUAGCAAACAUCAUUUACACAAGAAACCUCACAAUCCAAUAAGACCCUAUGGCGUAGAACAUCCACCAUCUGAUUAUUAUCCUUAUGCACGCGUCCAACGCUAUCCACCACCCAACGCAUUACCAAAUCACUAUCAACCAGCACCGCAUCACUAUCGCGUACUAGAUGCCAGUAAGAUUCCCAAAUAUCAAGAACUCGACUCUAGAAUAUCUAAAGAGUGUAAAGAAGAGCCCAAAGAAGAAGAACCCGAAGGGCCGCUCACCGUAGUCGCCGUACUGCGUUUGCUAACGGCCCUCGAAGAACAUUUGGGUAGUUUGGGUCCCAAAGUUGUGGACAUGUUGGGUAAGGCUUUGGCUUUAGAAAAAGUCAAAGGCAAUUCAUCCGACGAUCUAUUGAUGAAUGAAGAUCAUUGUGUUUUCUUCGAGACCACUAAGGAGAAAUUAAAGGGCUUGCUUAUUGCCGACGUCUUGGACGAUCAGCAAAAAGUGAAAGCUGUUAAAAGGGCCAUUAAAAAUAUAGCCGCUAUAAUACAUCAGGUCACUACUAAAGCAUCCUCAACGGAAGCAAAUAAAGAUAACAAUGAGGCCAGAAACACAGAUGGUACAUCUAAAUCCAAAAAGACACAAAAAAUGAGCUCAGCUGGACCCAAUAUUAAAGAUUUGCCCUUUGAUCGACAAACUGUGGCAACUAAACUGGCAGCUGCAUUGGUUAUGGAGGGACGUGAGGAUGUCUCAACCGCCGAUAUGGACAAGUUAAUUUAUAUGUUUAUAUUAAUGGUUAAAUUAUCCAAACCUAAGCGCGAAGAUGAUGGUAAUCCAUUAUACUGUAAAGAUAUAUUGCCUCAAUUGGGUAUAGCCCGCAAAUUGCCGACAUCAUCACUGUCACUGGCCAACUUGCCGGCAAUAGUCGAUGAUUUGCUGGAAAAUGAGGUGAAUGCUUUAGUGCAAGAGGUGGAAGAAGAAAUGGAAAAUGAGGCGGCUGGUAAUGAAAAAGAAGCUAAAACUGAUAACAACAGCAGUAUGUUGGAAUCACUGACAGAUUCAGAUUUACAGACUCUAUUGCAAAAUUUCAAGCAUUUGUCGAGUGAGGAACAACACCAUUUGAUUGCCCAUCUUAAGAAAUUGGAAUCGGCCGAUCCUAGCCGAGUAGAGAAGCUUAGGAAAUUUGUUAAUAUUUCCGAUUUAACUGGCUCUAAAGAGUCCUCAAACAAGUCGGCCAAAACCUCAGAUAGUACACCCACAAAAUCAUCUUCAUCCUCACGUUCUAAAACUCGUCUGGAUGAUACACCGCCUUCGGGCAGUAGGAAAGUUCACAAUGCUUUGCCUCCGGGUACGGAAGAUGAUGACGACGACGAUGAUGGGCGACGUCGUGUUAAUCCAAAUAAAUUUAGUUUAGAUGACGAUGAAGAUGAUGAUUACAAUUUUGAUGAUGUUUUUAAGGCAGCUUCGAGCAAUGUCAAUCGUUUGUCGGAAGAACAUUCCCGUCAAUCCGAUAAGAACACCAAAUCUCCCAUUGUACCGGUAUCAUCAUCGCCAAGUGCUCUGACAUUUAAUCCGGCUGGUCUCAAAACUUCAUCAUUGAAUGAUACACAAAAUUUGAUUGCCAAUCUUAUGGGCUCAUUGCAGCAAAGUAAUUCCAAUUCGGCCAAUAAAGCAUCAUCGUCCUCUUCAUCAUCAGCAGCUGCAAAGCAUACUACUCCACAGCCUACAACACCACAACCAGUGCCACCAGCAGUCGCCGCACCACAGCAUGAGCAACUGCCUCCUCAACCACAUGCCAAUCAGAUGGCAUUAUAUCAACAACAACAGCAGCAGCAUCCACAGCAACAGGCCUAUCCGGGUCCUUACAAUCAAAUGAAUCCAGCUCAAGCUAAUUACUACAAUUCCAUGGGGGCUUACAAUCAAAAUCCUUAUGAUGGCUAUCAACAAUGGGGCCAAGGUCCCCCACAACAAAUGCCACCUCAAAAUAUGCAACAGUUUGGUAUGCAGGGUUUCGGCAUGCCUCCCCAACAAAUGGGCUAUAAUAUGUAUGGACAAGGCCGCAACUAAGUUGUAAAAGCUUUUAUUUUUUAUAAUAUAAAUAACUAUUUCUCACAUAAUAUUAACAUUUGAAAUAAAUUACUUUUAUUUUCUUUUUAAUUGUUUUCUCCCAUUUUAAACUGAAUAAAACAAAAAACAAGCAAUUUCGUUUUGCUUAAUUAUUCCCUAAAAUUAAAUUACCAUUUAUUAUGUUAUUUUUUUUUUUAUUCCAUUUUCAUGUAAUUAUUUUAAUAAAUCUAGGUACAUAAUAUGAUUAAUAUCUUAAUUCUAAUGAUAUAAAUACUUCGACAUUGUUUUUUGAAUAAAGAUUCGUUGUUUAAAUCAAACGAAUAAAACUAUGUUGAAAGUAGUUAAAUAUGCAUAAAGGCUCUUCUUUUUUUAAAAUAAAGAACAUAUUAUUGCCACUAUACAUAUAAAUAAAAGUUUAUCACAUAUGGUUAA